AUGGAUACGAUUACAAAAUUUGAAGAUUUAUCCAAUGAAAUAUUCUUAGAAGUUUUUGAAUAUUUACAUUGUUUGGAUCUAUUUAUGGCAUUUGCUUCACUCAACAAUCGUUUUACAUUCCUAUUAUCUUUACCACAACUUCAUCUUAUUGUUAAUGAGUAUCAUUUUGAUUAUCAAAUUGAAUUUCUUUCUUCUCAUCUUAUUCAUCGUGCUCAUCAAGUUAUUUCUAUAUCAUUUCAUGAUCAACUGUGUGAUUAUCUUGGAGGAGUAAUUUAUUUCUUUUUCAAUAAACAUACAUUUGAAAAUCUUCGAUCAUGUAUAUUUCAUUUAAAUUAUUUACCAUGGGGUCUUUAUGAUAUUAUGGAAAAACUAAAAAAUUUCAAUAAACUUGUAUUAUUUGAAAUAUUUCAACCGAAAAAUGAACCAUUACCCGAUAAUAUCAAAGAACAAUUAAGUACAAUUGCUUUAAAAUGUAAAUCUUUAAAACUUCGUUCGGUUAGUUUGUUAUUUCCCUAUACUUAUCCAAAACUAUUGGAAAAUAAUUCAAUUAAUUCAACAUUAACAACACUUCGUAUGAUGUUCCAUGGUGUCACAACAAUUUGUUCGGUCUAUAGUUUUCUUCCUGUGCUACGUAUAUAUCGUGCAUUACGAAACUUAUCGAUUUUUAUAUCAAAUCAAAAUAAUCAACAAAUAAUAAUGCCAACACUUCCGGCUAUCUAUGGAAUUAAUCCACCAAUAUUAUCUUUAUUGAAAUCAUUUGAACUAUGUGUUAAGACAUUUUGCAGUUUUAACCAAUUAAGUUUUAUUCUGGGUUGUAUGCCUAAUCUUCGUCGAUUCAUUUUUACAGUCAUUUCUUUAUCAUCAUCAAUUUCAUAUUUACAUAGAAAUCUAUUUCGAGGUGAUGAAUGGGAGUUAUUAUCAAAAAAUCGCCUAUCUCAAUUAGAUAUAUUCGAUAUUUUUCUUCAUAUUCAAUAUUCAAAUUUCGGGUUAGAUAUGAAUAUUGUUGUCAAUUCAUUUAAUUAUUUUACUACAAAAUAUGACGAUUGGUAUCUUGCAGUUCAUCAAUCACAAUGUACUUUUUACAAUAAAAAAAAAUAUAUUAAUUUACGUGGAUUUCGACGUUCGAAAAAAGCUCGACAUCAUGUUUUCAGUCAAAUGCGAAUGGUUCUUGGUACAUUAAAUAUAUACUCGACAUCAAUGGCAGAUAAUGAACAUGAUUUAUUCUAUUCAAUUUAUAAAGAUUUACAUAUUGAUAUUCCAGUGAAUACAAAUAUUCUCAAUAUUCCAUCAUAUGGUCAACUAUUCAAAAAUAUUAAUUAUCUUACGAUUGAAAUUGAUUCAUCAAUAUUAAUAUUUGUGAAAAAAAUAUUAGAUUUUUGUCUUUGUAAUCCUGCUGAAGUUUAUCAAAAAGAUUGUGCUGAUAAAAUUGCAAGUUUAAUCGAUUUAACUAGUAUUACUAAAUUAGAAUUCAAAUUAAAAUCUAAUAUAUAUUUUAUAAAACACAUUUUACUGUGA